GACAACUGCUCACAGCCUUCAACUCCUGAGUGCAACAGCAACAAUUUAACGUUUUCAUGGAGAUCCGAGAAGCAUCCGCACUUCGACAGCAACGACGGAUUAAACAGGCAAUUCAGUUUCUUCACAAAGACUCCGCUGACCUGCUGCCCUUGGACGGGCUUAAUAAAUUGGGAACCUCAAAAGAAUGGCAACCACAUAACAUUCUUCAAAGGCGUCUUCUGGAAGCUAAUAUGUCACGCAGCAAGAUCAACAACAACCAUGGGAUGAAGCAGCAUCAAAUCAAUCCCUGUCGCACUCUUUGUACCAGGAGAGAAGAGGACGAUAAUGACCUCAUACAAGUGGUUGGGAAGUGCUGUGGUCGAGAGUUAGUGAUUCUUGUUGAUACAGGCUGUGCUGUCAACCUAAUCUCGACAGUUAGCGUGGAGAAACUGGGCUUAAAGGAGAAAGUUGCCUCUUGCAGAACAGAGGAAGACAGUUAUAGCACACUUGUUGACAACCUGCAAACACCUGGACACGUUGAUCUGAACUUGUCCUUUGGGCAAGUAAGGACAGAUUGCACCUUCAUGGUUGUGGGAAAUGAGCAGCCGCUGGUAGCCCUUGGCACCAGGACGCUGAGGUCUCUGAAGUGUGUGAUUGACACAGACAAGCAAACGCUUACACUGGGAAAAGGCACUCGAGCACAACUUCGGUUCUCAAAUUGCAAAGGCACGCCUCUGGUGGGAAGAUUGCGAGCGCAAAGCCCUCUUCUGGAGCAAUAGAGCAGCGCAGGUGUCACUCUUUCAGCAUUGGGAUUAUUCAGCAUCAAGAGAUGGGAGUGGGAAUGGGUUUAUGUAUCAGAGAUUCCUCUGAGUCGUCCAGCACAGCUCUCUUCUGGACCUCCCGUGUGUGUUCGCCUCCUUGUCCAAGUGUUUAUCCAACCACAGCUCUGAUGAAUUAUAGAGGAAGGUCAUCAGCACAACACACGUGACACAGGUGCACAUGAGUGUGUGUGUGUGUGUGUGUGUGUGUGUGUGUGUGUGUGUGUGUGUGUGUGUGUGUGUGUGUGUGUGUGAGUGUGUGUGUGUGUACGUUUGUGCUAAUUGAGAGAAAAUCACUUUCGUCAUACACUCUUCUUUGUGAUCACACUUGAAAAAAUAUAUGUAUAACUUUGCAAUUUAAACCUGUUUAAAUGUUGGUAAGAUACAAAAAUCUAUUUAAUAUAGUUUAAGAUGUUGUUUUAAACUACUUAAAAAGAAACAGGGUAUUUAUGUGAUUUAUUUAGAUUGUUAUUUAUUUAGUAUAAGCAUUCCUAAAUACAUGUUUUAUAAAGUAUAUUUGAUAUUAGAAUACCAAAGCCUUUAUAUUGUGUGCUGUAUUUGUUGCUUUAUGUAUUCCAAAGCAGACUAUUACCGCUUUUUAUAUAGAAUAGAAAGUAUAUUUUAACUAUGUAUGCCGUUGUUUAUUGGCUUCAGUGGCCAUGAUGGAUACAAUUUCCUUUCCCUGUUUCCCUGGGUGUAUUUGUCAUAGACACUGAAUAAACCCC